GUUGCUGUCAAGUAAAGUCGGGCAGCAAAACACAUUUCACAUACAGCUACACGAACAGACGCACAGUCUAUAAAAUGUAAUCUACGAUUUAAGGAGAUCUUUACCCAUAAUGAUGCCGAUGCCGAACUCCACAAUGAAGAUGAUAGGCCCUACACUGAAACGAAUCUCCCCAAGGUGGGUAAAGAUGAGGAUAUUCUACUAAACAAAGACUCUGCCGAUGUAGGCCAAGAGAGAACAAAAGAGAAACAGCCGGACAACAGAAAAUGUACUGCGGAGAAGACACCAAUCGAUCCGAAAAUCAUCAAGGCCUGCUGGGAGAGAGCAGAUGAGUAUGUGAAUCAAAUCAUAAAAGCUCAGGAUGCAGCCAUGGAUCACAAUAUCAAAGAACUGGACAGUGAGCUCAGGGAAAAGGUCUCCAAGAGGAACUUCUAUCACAAGGCAGAGGCGCAAAUCAGACCAGAUGUUUGCUACACCUCCGAAGAACAGCCCUCCGAAGAGACAAUUGAUUACUCUGACAGCAACCAGAAGGAAGAAAUAGAUGCUGCGAGUGAUCAGGAUAUAUCCGGAUCUUGUACAAGCGACCAAUCCACUGACAACUCCUUGAGCUACAGCCAAGUGUACAGCGAGAUCUACGAAGAGUCCAUAGUGCGUCAGCAGAGGGCAGACAAACUCUGUCGUGCCUACCAUCUGAAUAAGUCUCCUAUACAUAAGACCAGGGAGGGGCAUUCAUCGGACUAUCCCGAAGAUUGGGCCUAUCGAACUGACGGGGAAUCGCAGCCAUCCAUAGACAGAAGUUUGAGUUCCGAGGCCUGGAGUGACGUGGCACAGCAUCCCGAAGAAUCAGGGACAGAUGAGCUCAGUUAUGAUAGCAUCAAAACGAAGCUCAGUGCCUUUUUGGAAUCGUUGGAUAAACCCGAUAGCGAGGAACAGCAAACGGACUCGGAAGAGGAGAAUAGUUCUGUUGAGGCUGAAGAUUCCGAUGAUCAGUCGUUCGGUGAGCUCGAUUACGAUGCUCUCAUUCAGGAGCAAUUGAGGAUCAUAAACGAGUAUAAGACCAAGGAUGCCAUAGAUAGCGUGAGGAGCUCCUAUAGAAGAUCGAUAACCAGCGAUGUGGCAGAGUUUGAUUCAGAGCAGAGUGGAGAGAACGAAGCGCAAUCGUGUUGCAGCUCUAAUGGAGAACUGUCGCCUAAACUCUCACCAAGGGAAUUAGUUAGCAGUUCGAGCUGCUCACCAAGAAGCCUGCAAGAAUUCCAUUCCUAUCGAUCUGCCGAACAGAAGCAGAUCUCUCAAGCGGAAUGCAGUGAUAGAGAAAUGGCAGAUGACACCGGCUAUCCAACCUGCAGCGAGAGUUCCACAAGAUCAACGAUAUCGCGAUCUUCCCUGCCAACAGAUUAUCUGUGCCGCGGCACACGCCAUCAUCAUCAGCGUCGUCAGCGUCGCUGUGGAAGUGUGCCCAAGACAUAUCAAGAUCGGGGAAAUAGUCCCAUUAGCAUUAAGACAGCACGAUGCAGCAGCCUGUCGGAGAAAGUUAACAGCAAAAGUGAGGGAAGUAAGGAUUGCUUCAUUACCAGAUCGAUUGCCUCCAUUGGGCUACAAUAUCCCAGCGAUGUUGAGCAGAAGGUUCCGAAGAAACCCCGAAGUCCCUUGGGUCUGAGGUUCUACAAUGCUGACGAGGCACUGAUGGAACUGCCAGAUUGCAAUGCUUAUGCGAUCAUGGAUGAGAACUCAGAUUACUUGGACCUGUCGGUCGUUGCCAAGGAGGAUCAAAUCAGUGCUAAGCUUUUGGCAGCAGCUCUGACCACCAAGAGCAGAAAUAAGAGCACCAGACGGAGAACAACGCCCACAGAGGACACCUGCCAUCAGUCGAUCCUGAACUGUAUGUCUAGCGUAAUUUUCAAACGACGCUCAGAGCCGGAGAGGGAUCACCGUAAGAAGGACCGUUUGUAUUGGAUAGCCGAGCGCAUUCUGAGCGCCUCUUUGCAAAGAUGUCAGGAUAUCCCAAUGGAAUACGUGAUGGCCAGAGCACAUGAUGAUGAUCGAUUGCGCGUUGAUAUUUCCUCUCGCGAGAUUCGGACACUGGAGUUCCACAAGAAGUUCCAGCAGCAGGUACAGGCUCUCGAGCAGAUCUUUCAAUGAAUCGUUAUAGCCUGUAUAGUAUAUAUAUUUUGUACAAUUACGUGACAUCGAAUGAGGCUAAAACUCAUAAUUUGUUCACUGCACACGAUUUCAGUUCAAACAAUGGCCAAGACAAUUCC